AUUGAAACGUCGAGUUAUAGAGCUUGAAGCAAUGUUUUGGAUGCUACAACCAAAAUUUCCGUAAAACUGGGGUUUGUUGUUUAAGAGGGAUAUAAGUGUGUAUAGUGAAAUAUGAAUGAUGCAUUAAGUUUCUCAACAAAUAGGUCAAAAUGAUUGAACGUCACUGAUUUGGGAUCUGUCCAACAAAUGAUUGAGAUUUGAUUUUCGAGGAAGAUAAUAAAAGUUUGAGAUGAUAACAUAGAAAUUAUACAGCAUCUUUAAUAAACAAAAUGGCUGAAUCUGAAGAUGAGAAACAACCUCUAUUGGAUAGAAACAACAGAGAUGCAGAGAAUGUCGAAAAUACGCGAGCUAGCGGAGGAUUUGAGAUUACUCCAGGGCAGAUUAGUAUUGAUCAAACAACAGAUUCGAGUCAAUUUAGUUUUCGCAAAUUAUGGAUGUUUACUGGACCGGGGUUUCUGAUGAGUAUCGCCUAUCUUGAUCCUGGUAAUAUAGAAUCUGAUCUUCAGACAGGCGCUCUUGCUAAAUACAAAUUACUAUGGGUUCUGAUGUGGUCAACUGUAAUGGGUCUAGUUCUACAACUUCUUGCCGCUCGACUAGGAUGCGUUACAGGUAUGAAUUUAGCAGAAGUGUGCAAUAAAGAAUAUCCAAUAAUUCCUCGAAUAGCGUUAUGGUUGAUGGUAGAGAUAGCUAUUAUAGGAAGUGACAUACAGGAAGUGAUUGGAUCAGCUGUAGCCAUUAAUCUUUUAUCAAAUAAAGUAAUACCAAUCUGGGCAGGUGUGUUAAUUACAGGUGUUGAUACCUUCACGUUUCUCUUCCUGGAAAAUGCUGGUUUACGUAAGCUUGAAGCCUUGUUUGGUGCUCUUAUAACUACAAUGGCAUUUUCUUUUCUUUAUAUGUAUAUAACAGUUCAACCUAAUCAAGGAGACAUUUUGAUUGGUUUAUGGUUUCCAUGGUGUCAAGACUGUAAUAAGGAUGCUAUUCAACAAUUGGUUGGAAUCGUGGGAGCAGUUAUUAUGCCUCAUAAUAUUUAUUUACAUAGUGCGUUAGUUUUGUCUCGUAAAAUAGAUAGAAAAAAUAAAGAUGCCGUAAAAGAAGCCAACAUGUAUUACUCCAUAGAGUCAGCUAUUGCGUUAUUUGUGUCCUUUCUAAUCAAUCUAUUUGUGGUAGCAACAUUUGCAGCAGCCUUUUCCGAAUCGAAAUAUGCAGAUAAUGCUAGUAUUAGAAAUGCUGGAGAAUGGAUUAAAGAAAAAUAUGGACUAGGGAUGAAGGUUAUUUGGGGUAUCGGCAUCUUGGCAGCCGGUCAAAGUUCAACCAUGACAGGAACGUAUGCUGGACAGUUUGUGAUGCAGGGAUUUUUGAAUAUAAAAUGGGCGAAAUGGAAGAGAGUUUUAUUAACCAGAUCUAUUGCCAUCGUGCCGACUAUAAUCGUCGCCAUCUUAGCAACCAGCGAUCUUGACGAUAUGAAUAGUUGGUUAAAUGUAUUACAGAGUGUUCAACUACCGUUCGCGUUAUUACCCAUACUGCACUUCACUAAUAAUGAGAGAAUUAUGGGAGAUUUUAAAAAUGGAAGGGUUUUAAAGAUAGCUGUCUGGUUAUUAGCUGUAUUAGUAAUGGGAAUAAAUGUGUAUCUAGUAUAUCUAUUUCUGGGUGAUGAUAGACGAUGGUAUUGGUAUUUUAUAGCUGCUUGUAUUAUAUUAUCAUACACAGUGUUUAUAUUCUAUUUAGCUCUUGGAGUUCGACGUUAUUCCAAGUUAAAGUUGUAUGUUAUUAAGAAGAUUGGACUGGAUACGAGCGAUCUCGAGAAUUUGAUACAAGAUGAGGGUAGUACGAGAUAUCCUGAUCAAUCAGCAUCUCACGAUGAACGUCCACGAUCUGAAAGUAUAUUUUAAUAUCUCAUCAAUGAAACAUAUAGAAUUCACAGAUAUGCAGUCUGUUGACAUAGAAUCAAGUUGUGUCAGUCUCAAGAACAGACCCAGAAUCCAGUUGUGUCCUUCCCAAUGACAGACAUGACCCAGAAUCAAAUUGUGUCCUUCCCAAUGACCGACUUGACACAGAAUCCAGUUGUGUCAUUCCCAAUGACAGACUUGACCCAGAAUCAAAUUGUGACAUUCCCCAUGACAGACUUGACCCAGAAUCAAAUUGUGACAUUCCCAAUGACAGACUUGACCCAGAAUCCAGUUGUGUCAUUCCCAAUAACAGAAUUGACCCAGAAUAAAAUUGUGUUGUCCCGGUAAGAUGUAGUGCACGUUGAUUUGUGACAUAACUACGUGCUGGACAUGUUUCAACUGUGCUCAUAGGUGGAGAUAUUUUUGAUAUACGUACGAUAUACUUGUACAUGGAUUGAUGAAACUGAAUUUUUAAAAAUAAAAGUGAUUGUCUAUCCCCAAUAUGUGGUGGUACUCACAGAACUUUCCAUGUCGAGUUGACCAAUAAUGUAGGCCUACAUCUUGAACAAGUUUUUCUAAGACAUCCUGAAUGAACUGCUGGUGUAGUAGAUUUUACAUAAAACUCUCUGUCCUCCAGUAUUUCACGAAAAGUAACGUAAGUUUUACUUGUGCCGCAGGAACCUGAUCAUUGUAAGACUGGAUGAACCGGUCUGUAAUUCAGGAAGUUGUCAACAACCUAGUCA